CAAAAGCCUGAAAGGUGUUGAGUAAAACAAUCGCAGGAAAAUUAGAUAGGUUUCGUACGAUUUUGUCGAGUCAUGGAGUUGCCAUCUAUGGUGGAGCGUUCUGGGGAUCGCCUGGUGGUGCGCAGCCUGGUGAAUGGUGAGCCGCUGUAUCACACUGCUCUGAAAAGUGGAGAGGAGUUGCCAUUGGCCCAUGGUUUGCAGCCCCUGGUGGGUGCGGUUAUUGCGGAGCAACAACUGGAGCAAUAUAGGAUGGGCAGCUUGAUGUUUCCGCUAUCGGUGCCUGGUUAUGUUCCCGUGGGACCUGCAUCCCCAUCCAACUUGGACAAGGAAAGCACGGAGAGCUCCCUGCCAGAGGGCAAUCCCUCCAACAACGAGGAGGAGCUGCCCCAGUGCAAGAUUCGGCGUAACUACAGCUGCAACCAGUGUGCCUUCUUCACCCAGAAUCCUCGUAGUCAUUUGUCCCAUCUGCGCGAUGUCCACGGCGAGCGGAUUGUGAUUAACGAGUGCAAAUUGUGCCUCUAUGCCUCGCGCCACUUCCAGAAGCUGGUGCGGCACAUGAAAAUGGUGCACGGCUGCUCCGAUGAUGGCGGCGGAGUCCCAGGAUCCGGAAGCCAGCUGCGGGGCAAGCGGAAUCUCUCCAGGGAGGUGCGCAAGCGCAAGCUGGAGGAGAGCAUUGAAAUGCAGGCACCGAGUGGGCCAAAUCUGCACCCCAGCUUGCUGCGGAUGCUGCAGAAUGGACCCCCACUGGAGCAGCUCAAGGCCGAGCUGCAGCAGCAAGAACAGCAGCUUUUGGCCAGUGUCCAGGCCUACAGUCGGCAGCAGGAGAUGCAGCAGCUCCAGCAGAUCGUCGACGGCCACGACAACAUCUUCUCCAUGGCCUUUGAGUUUCAGACCAAGUUGAUGCCGCCCAAGCAGUCGGAGUCUUUGAAACUUGACCAGAACAAUAGCAGCUCUGAUUCCGAGGAGCCCAUGAAGAGUCCCUCGCCGGACACUUUCGAACUUCCUCCGGGUGCGGAGCAGUUCCAGUGCCAGAAGUGCUCGUAUAGCACUCCCAUCCGGGCCCGUUUCAAGAAGCACGUCAAGUACCAUUCCAUGCCACUGAUAAAGUGCGGCUCGUGUGAUUUUCACACACCCUACAAAUGGAACCUGGACAGGCACACCAAAAAUCAUGGUGCCCAUGGGCAUUUCAAGUGCUCCGCUUGUGACUUCAGCACCGAUAUUAAGCAAUCGCUGACUAUACACGAGUUGAACCAUCAUGUGCCCACUGUGGGCAUCCAGAUGCUUAACAGGCGCCGAGAUGACUCCGAGGUUCAGCUAGAUCAGCACCCGAGUGGGUCCAAGAGAAUGGAACUUGAGAGAGUGGUUCAUCCUACUGCAGCACCGGACUCUCCGCUUUCGGAGUUCCCAGGGAUUGUGUGCUCCCACUGCCAAAAGCGGGUUGGCAAUGCCAUCGAGUUGAUCAAUCAUCUUCAAGUGUGUGCUCCGGCUUUGCGGAACACCACUCAACAUCUGCAGGCUGCUCUGACAGGGGACGUGGAUCUGCAGGAUGAGGACUUGCCAAGUGCUCCCACUGAUCUCAGCUAUUGCGGUGUGGAAACGGCUCCUGGCUACGGAGAGGUCACUGAGCAGUUCUUGCCCGAGGAAUCCGAUGAUUCGACGCCAUUGAAGAAGGUUUUCAAGUGCCCCCAUUGCACCUUUUGGGCAGCCACUGCAUCGCGUUUUCACGUUCACAUUGUUGGUCAUCUGAACAGAAAGCCUUUUGAAUGCUCCUUAUGUGCCUACCGCUCCAACUGGCGCUGGGACAUCACCAAGCACAUCCGCUUAAAGGCUAUCCGGGAUAGGUCCCAUAAUCAGGCGCAGGUGCUGAUGAACGAUGAGACUGGAAGGCGCAACUACGCCAAGUACAAUCGGUAUUUGACUUUGAUGAAGGUGAGUGCGGAUCAGUUGGCCGAUUCCAAGGGGAUGCGCACGGGGGAAAUGACCGUGAUGCCACCGGAGAAGCUGGUUGAGCAUCACCCCAUGGAGACGGAGGAUUGCAUGGCGGCAAGUCUGGUGCCUAUUGAAAUGGUGGACAGUGCUCCUCCGAACUCGGCUCUAGACUUAAGAAAGCCCAAAGAUGAUAUGUCGGUGGGUGGUAGCAGGAUGAACACUGCAAGUAACAGCGAUUCCGGCUUGAAAAAGCCACGACCACAGGGAGCCGAAGGAACGCAUUGGCUUACGGACUUAGAAUCAUUAUCAUUUAAUGCGAUGAAUUCAUCUAAUGGCAAGCCAAUGUCCAAGGUUGGCCUGGUCAAAGACUCGCCUUUGGACUUGACCAAGCCAGUAACUAUAUCUGAAGAUGGGGAGCAAUCAGACGAACUGUCAUCCAGUGACGACUCCCAGGAGUCUACAGAAAGCGAUUAGGUUGAACCAUUGAAAUGGGAAUUCAUUUUAUAUUACAAUCGAAAAUUUCAAUAAAUUCUUUCAACCGUUUA